AUGCACAAGUCACUGUACAGAUAUCUGAAAAACAGGGCAUUUGAAAGAUGGAAGAGCCAGUGUGCCCCCAACAUUAUUGACUGCACGUCAAAAGACCUAACUGUAGAAAAACUACCAGUUGCUUUCCGCCCUUCGGCUGAAAUUAUCCACCUUGGUUACAACAGGCUCACCUCUAUUCCCAGUGGGCUCUUUGACAACCUAAAGAGCCUCCAGGUAGUCUACCUGCAGGGCAACCCUUGGGAAUGCAACUGUGACAUCCUUUACUUGCGCUCCUGGCUCCAGUGGCAGCAGAACCGGACCUUGUACAGGGAUGUGAGAUGCGCCUCCCCAGCUCACCUGCAGGACCGGAUCAUUGCCUAUCUCACAGAAGACGAGAUCAUCUCCACAUGCCAGUACUGGUACUGCAGCCUGGCUCUCGUCUCUCAGAUCUGUCUCUUCAUCUUCCUUUUCCUCCAGGGUAUCUUGGUUAUCUUCAUCAUUGUCUACCUGCGGAAAUUUCGGAGAAUGACCGCUGAAGCCCGAAGCACCACCCAAGAUCUACACCAGCAUGUAGAUACUUGGGUAUCUUCUUCAAGAAACCCCUACAACAGUGAUUAACAUCACAAGACUGAAGACCCUCCUCCCCCUUGGGUGAUGCUAUGCUGAGGUCAUGUGGUUUGUGAUAUGCAGAGGGGACAGUUCAGUGCAGUGUCUGAUCGUGACUGCAGUCCAAAGCAGGACUUGAACUGAUCAGACACUUGCUGUAUUUCCAAAGACCUGAUCUUGUGGUUUUUAAUGCUUUAAACUCUUUAGCAUGAUCUUGAUUGCUUUGCUGAGCUUUGGUAGACUAGGGAGAUCAUAAACUACAGCAACCAAAACUGACUCGAACUGCUUAUAAGCUUGUAGGGACUGUGGUGCUCGA